ACUGCGUGUUGUGAUUCGCGUGCUGCAAGAGUGGGCAAUUUAAUUUUAUUUUAUUUAACAAAAAAACAACAUUCAUUUGGAAAUAAUGUAAUUUUUAUAAAAUUAGACCUUGAGUUCACAUUCUUUAGCCGCCGUAGCAAUGCAUAUUCCUCAGAGCUUUGGUCAGAAUGCAUGUCGCUGCAGCGUGUGUGGUUCUGGGGCUCAAGCUGUGAAUCUAAUACAAAUAAGUCAACUGCUCAAGGAGAGUGCACAGUGGUACAAAUCGAAGGUAGAGUGGGCCUUGGAAGGCCCCAUCCGCCUGGAGAGUAUCUGCAACAGCUGUGAUCGGCUUGUGAAGACUGCAGACCAUCUCAAUAAUGAGCUGGCUUCCACCUUGACCACCCUGCAGCAGAAGCACAGCUCUCUGCAGCAGGCAGCAAAAGAUAGCGACUCUGAAGAAGUGACAGGAACUGUGAUCAGUCAAAAGCAGACUGUGGACACUGUGCAACAGGAGCAGGCAUCCGGCCGGCGUGUUGGAGCAGAUGACGUCCUCAUCACCAUCUGGACGGAUCGCCGCCUCUCCUCCCGGCCCGAGCCCCAGGUGGAACAGAACUCCGCAGUGGUGGUGGACUCUGACUCGUCGGUAAAGCGCACUGAUAGUGAAUCUCAGACGCUGGGAAAGGAGGCUGAGGAAGAUAAAGCUGCCAUUGCUGGACGCUCGGCUACGAAACGGACACGAAAGACGACGGUGCGCCUCUCUUGUGAUGUGUGUCAUCGGUCCUUUGGCACCGUGUCAACAUUGGCCCGACACAAGAGGCGAGCGCACAAGAACAACGAAGAUGAUCACGGCAGCCUCGCGAAAGACAGUGCUCGCCAUACAGGCUCUUCACUGCAAGAGGAGCGUAAUUCAGCUGUUGCCAGGCGAGGGGACAAGGAUGUAGAAACAGUUAUUAGCCGAAGGAAGAAGAGUGCAGCUUGCAAGUUUUCGACAGGGGAUGAUUGCGAAGAACACCAAACCCUAACCGCUUGCGAUAACGUCAGGUCCCCUCUAGCUUCAUCUUCUCAUGCGGAGAGAAGUCGCCUGCAGCCGCGUGAUUUGGGACUCGUGGCACGCAAUCCUUCCGUUGCAACGUCAAGUGUGGUUGCUUCUCAUGCUGCUGGAAGUGUUUAUGAUGAAUCACGCUCCAAGGCAAACGAAAACUCGACGAGAACGGCGAUGAAGGCCGGGAAUACCGAGGUCGGGUUCACGGAUUCAGGGCCAGUACAGGAUCCUGCUAGCAAGGAUCAAUCGUGGUUCCAGCCGGAUUCUCCUGGUCCUCGCGAUCUACGGACCCUUACACCCCAUCAUGAAAUGUCCGAAAUGUCGCAGUUCCCUGCACCUUUGCUCACUGAAUCUACAGAGACAGUUGAUGAACCCGUGUUAAGUCGGCUCCUCCCGGAAACUGCAUCGGAACUCCUUGGCGACAAGGACAGUUCCUUGGAGCAUACCAUUUUCCCUUCGCUCGCCACGUCGACCACUGCUUUUGGCACUGAGGCAGCGGAGUCAUCUGCCACUUCAGGCGUGAAUGAGCCCAUUGACAUGGGAACAGACAGCCAGGAGCUUACCAUUGCUUUUGAUACUGGCGUGGAGCCACCGCCCUCUGGGACAGAUACUCAGCAGUCUCAGCAGAAAUCCUGCCCCACUUCUGACACCAAAAUAAAGCGAAAGGCCGACUCUGAAGCGACCAUCAGUUUUCGUCAUAGCGUCACAGGAGGUAAACCGCCGAAACUGCGAAGAAGAAUGACCAAAGACACGGAGACCGAGUCUGAGGAUAGCGAGGAGAUUGUGUCAUCGCCCUCUAAACGGAAAAAGAAAUCCACCGGCCGCCGCCGGUCUCGGCAGACGAUGUACGAGAGGCACGGAGAGAAGUGGCGGUGCCUGGAGUGCUCCGCUCUCUUCAACACCAGAACCGGCGCGCACGGCCACGCGCUGACCCACACGGAGCCGGACGGCGGCCGCUGUCCGCGUUGCGGCAAGACCUACGCCAACGCGUACGCGCUGCGCCGCCACCGGGCCGGCUGCCUCUCCGGACGGCCGCCCUCCUGUCCCGUCUGCGGGAAGGUUGUGGCCGACCCGGCGUACCUGGCGCACCACGUGCUGCUCCACUCGUCAGGCGCGCCCAAGAAGCACCAGUGCGACCGCUGCGGCCUGGCGUUUGCGGGGCCGUCGCGACUGCGGGAACACAUUGCGAUGCAGCACAGCGGCGCUGAGACGUCGCACAAAUGUGACGUCUGCCAGCGGGAGUUUAAACUGCAGCAUCACCUGCGGCGGCACUACCGUUCCGUCCACACCACUGAGCCGGCGGUGACGUGCGAUGUCUGUGGGAAGGGGUUCAAGCGCGCCGACCACCUGCGCGCGCACAUGACCGUACACACGGGGGCGCGGCCGUUCGUCUGCGUCCAGUGUGGACGGGGCUUUACCCGGGCGGACACCCUGGCUGACCACACUAGGCUGCACACGGGGGAGAAGCCGUUCAAAUGUGCCGAAUGUGGGCAGGCGUUCAGGGAGCAUCGCGGAUACAAACGCCACCUGAAGACCAAACAUAAACCGGCAGAUGGGGAUGAGGCGGGACCGCUGACGAUGAGCUUGUAGUGGCGUGGAGAUUCGUAAGGCCGCCCAGUGUCGUAUGAGAGGUAUUUUGGCAAUAUUUAUUGUGCACCUUUCGAUGGGGAUAGUGGAGCUCGAUUGUUGCAUGUGAAAGCUGUAAAUGUAUUUCGAUAUGUCUUUAUAUCACCAUUGAAGUUGAUAUGUCAUGCUUUGUGUGAUUACUGUAUUGUCAUCUUUUCGGAAUGAUACGAGUAUUUAGAAUAACAGUUCUGGCACCGAUAAAGACUAAUCUUAAUCGUUUCGGCUGGUUUACCGAUCUCUUCCAAGCUGUAUGAAUACAGAGCAUUUGACUGAUCUCGACGAUCCCGGAGCGUUGUGCUUGUGUGGCGUACUUAUGGAAAAACAUUCAAGCAUUCUCUAUAGAUGUGCGUUACUGAUUGUGGUAUGCUGUCAUAUGACAAUGUUCUCGUGCUUUCAAAGUAACCACAAAUCCAAUAAAUGUCUGAAGGUUGAUUACAUAUCAUUAUGCAGUUGUUUCCAUUCCGUGCUAUUCAGUGAUAAAACCAAGUGACGACAGUGGCUUAGCUUGUCCAUGUUGCAAACAUUACGUGGUUUUGGAGGGAUUCGUGAACGUUUAUACCUUUGAAGCUGUAUACUCGUAAGGUCAGCUGACUGGUCACGGCUACCUGGUUCGAGUGGAAUUGGAGUCAAGUGUCCAGUCUGACGCCAGCUCAUCACUCAACGGGUUUCGGUUUCCAUACUAUACGAGCACGAAAACACGUGGCUCAUUCUGCCGACUGAGUUUGGUUGUCUUGCUUUCUUUGCGCUGAUGGCUCAUUGCUAGUUAUGUCUCGUGUUUGGUAACAUGUCGAAGUCCGCAUCGAUUUCCAUAUUUGUCUCUAGCUUUUUCUGGCGUUCCGGCUUUCUCACGCUUCUGAAUUUAUUUUUGGACCUUGGCUUCUAAAUACCGAUGAAACGAUCAGCAACUUCAAUAAAGCUAGAUUUAUGCGGUAGCAAACGUUCAUUCUUGAGAUACAGCAGUGUCGCCGUCAUGUCCAUAUCCGCCUCGGCUCCGACGCGCGUGAUGUCGACGCUGGGCCGUGACGUGAUGCCCGGUGACGCCGUGCUCGACUGUGACGCCAACGACGUUCAGGAAGACGAGGUGGCAGAGCUGGUGGCCCUGUACGCCGACACCUGCGCCCUCCCCUGCGAGACCAUACUGUUCCUCGAGGAGAGCGUGCUUCCUGUGCUGGGUGACGCAUUCCGCGCCCUCGUCAUCGAGAUCCGUCGCCAGCGGUCUGUGGAGCGCGCCUACUCGCGUCUGAACGCGCUCGACUUCCUCACCUCGCACCUGUACUCCAACAACCCGCUGCACCCGGACAGACCGCCCCACGACGACCUGAUGCACCCGGACAGACCGCCCCACGACGACCUGAUGCACACGGAGCUGGCGGCGCGCCUGCUCAAGUGCCGUCCGCGCCGGCCGCUGCCGCUGUGUCUGCGGCUGACUGACGAGCGGGCCGCCUCCGUGGUGCAGCGCUGGUACCGCGGCUACCUGGUGCGCAGGAGGACGGACGUGGCGCAGCUGAGACAGUACCAGGCGCGUCUGAGGAGACUGGCACGGCAGGAGGGGGCGCCGACGGGACCGGUCGGACCCCAGCGACGCUCCGGCCGAGCCUGUCGGUAGGGAGGACCGAGACCGGAGGGACCUCAGAGACUGUGCCUGCCGCUAGCGAGGACAGGGAUCGGUGGGCCCUGCGAGAUCGCACCUGCCGCAAAGCGACUAGGAACAGAGGGACCUCAGAGGCCGUGCCUGCCGCUAGUCGGAAUCGCCGCCGAGAAGUGAUGCUCCGUAGGGCGCUUAUUAGCCUACAGGAGCUGAACCUGUCGCUUAAAAAAUCACGAACGGUGUCCUUCUGAAUAAAGGAUGCAGCGCAGUGAGCGAAAGGCAGGCGUGGAAGGCGAUGAGCGAAAGGCGAGGAAGGACUGAGCUUGAAACAUUGCCGACUGGUACUGAGCGGAGCAGUGAACAGUCUCCCUCGAUUAUCAGUCAUGGUGUCAUGAUGUGACGAUUGAAGAGUUCUUUUCACAUCUUAGUGAAUUACAUGGUUCGCUGUCUGCAAUAUAGUUUAUUUGUCCCAUGCA